GGCCGGGCUCUGUCACAAGUUAUUUUAGGAGUGUAGCUUCACUGAGGCGUCACCGGUGGAGUGUGGUGAUGGUCAGAUGGGCAGUAUUUAACCCACACAGGAGAGUUGACCUACGACACUUCAGGAGCCAAGCAAACGGGACUGGUCUCGAGAUGCCCAACUGGGGAGGAGGCGCCAAGUGCGGCGCCUGCGAGAAGACGGUGUACCACGCCGAGGAGAUCCAGUGCAACGGGAGGAGCUUCCACAAGACCUGCUUCAUCUGCAUGGAAUGCAGAAAAGGUCUGGACAGCACCACGGUUGCAGCUCAUGACUCCGAGAUCUACUGCAAAUCCUGCUAUGGAAAGAAGUACGGACCGAAAGGAUAUGGAUACGGACAAGGAGCCGGAGCUCUGAGCUCUGAACCUGCUGGAGAGGAUGGAGAUCAGCCGGCUGAGGCUAGUGCAAAACGGCGACCAUCCGCUGCAAACCCCACUGCCGAAAAGCUUGCCCAGAAGUUCGGGAGCUCAGACCGCUGCCCGCGCUGCUCCAAGGCCGUCUACGCUGCAGAGAAGGUGAUGGGGGCAGGAAAGUCCUGGCAUAAAACCUGUUUCCGCUGUGCCCUGUGUGGUAAAAGUCUGGAGUCGACCACAGUGACAGACAAAGAUGGAGAAGUGUACUGUAAAGUUUGCUAUGCCAAAAACUUUGGUCCUAAAGGUUUCGGACUUGGGAACGCCGCCAUGUUGGAGGAGCGAGAGUGAACCCGCCGGGGUCGUCUUAACCUCAAACUUCUGCCUCAGUGGAGCCUCGGCCUUCGUCUCUACACUGGAUGAUGUUUGUAACGCGGUCAAUGGAAUCAAGGACAAAUAAAUCAAGUCAAUAAUAAAUGUCUGUUUUCAAUGACGUUAAAAAAAGAAAUCACAUCCUGAAAUGAAGAUAAAUGUCUUUGGCUUCACCCUAUGUUUGAUGUCAAACAGAAAUAAAUCAACUGUGGACCACAACUGCAGAUGUUCUUCCUGAA